AUUGCCAAUUAUUAUCUCCUUUGAGAUGGCUGCGUCAGGUAAAAAGGGCAAGAAAACUAAAGGGAAGACUGUUCCCCUAAAUUCUUUCUUGGCAGAUACUCCGGGUGGAUUACCGCAAUCUGUGGUUCCUCGAAAAUCAAGCAAUUGGGCAGACGAUGUGGACAAUGAUGAAGAGCUGUCCUACAACACGCGCAAGGCGAUGGUGCUGCCGACGGCUCCCCGGGCCACCCGCAGCCCGGACGUGGACGACGAGCGGAUCCCGCACUCGCCGCCGUUCCUCGCCUACAUCUCCAACCUGCCCUACGAGGUGAACGAGGACGAGAUAGCCGACUUCUUCCAGGACCUGCAGAUAGUGAACGUGCGCCUGCCCCGGGACGACCGCCAGGCAGGCAAGCUGAAGGGGUUCGGCUACGUGGAGUUCGGCAGCCGGGACAGCCUCAUCAGCGCCCUCACCAUGGGGGACACGAUGAUCAAGCAGCGCCGCAUGCGCAUCGAGGUGGCGGACAACACGGAGAACGACCGGCGGAGGGGCGGUCGCGACCGGGACAGGGACCGGGACCGGGACGGGCCCGACAGGUCGUCCACGGACUGGCGGGCGGGGCCCCGCGAUGACUUCAGCGGCCCUGAUCCCGACCGGGACCGCGGAGGAUUAGACCGAAGAGGAGGAGGCAGUAGUCGCCGUGAUUUCGGCAGCGGGGGAUUCAGGGAAGGGGACCGAGGAUUUGGAGGUGACAGAGACCGUGGGUUCGGCGGCGAUCGAGACCGUGGCUUUGGCGGCGAUCGAGACCGUAGCUUUGGCGGCGAUCGGGACCGCGGCUUUGGCGGUGAUCGAGACCGUGGCUUUGGCGGCGAUCGAGACCGUGGGUUUGGCGGCGAUCGAGACCGUGGGUUUGGCGGCGAUCGAGACCGUGGCUUUGGCAGCAGAGAUGGCGACAGAGAUCGCGGGUUUGGCAGCAGAGAUGGCGACAGAGAUCGCGGGUUUGGCAGCAGAGAUGGCGACAGAGAUCGCGGGUUUGGCAGCAGAGACGGCGGCAGAGACUUUGGCAGUAGGCCGGGCGGUAGUUUCGGUCCUCGCCGUGACUUCGACAGGGAUGGCCGCGGCCGUGAAGACUUUCCUCCGCCCAGGAGCGACGGUGAGUCGAAGGGCCGGCAGCGCCUGAACCUCAUGCCGCGCACCCGGCCGGUGGAGGAGGGGGUGAGGCCCCCGCCCCCCGCCCCCACACAGGCGUCCAUCUUCGGGGCGGCCAAGCCGGUGGACACGGCGGCCCGCGAGCGCGAGAUCGAGGAGCGGCUGGCCCGCGAGAAGGGGGACGUGUCUUCGCGGCCCCCGCCCCGGGACCCGUCCCGCUCCGACGACUCCAGGAGGGAUGACAGAGCCACGUAUCAGCCGCCGGGGCGCGUGCAUUCUCGCGACAGGGCGAAGAGAGGCAGCGAGCACGGGGACUCGGACGAGGCUCAGGAUCAUCGCAAGUCCCCGAUGGAGCCCCGCUCGGGCCCGACUGCAGCCAGUGACGGCCGGGUGAGCAGUCCCCAGAGCUCCGACCCGGAGCCGGAGCACGCUCACAGGACCCGCGAGGAGUCCCCGGGGAGGAAGUACGAGCCCCCGAGGGAGUCCAGGGCGGUCCCACGCAGGCAGAACGAGCCGGAGGAGGGCCGAGACGACCACGCCAACGCUCCGCGGGGGCAGCAGUCCAAGUCCGGGGACCGCUCCAGGCCUCGAGACACAAGUGAACCCAAGAAGGAUGCAGCACCAACUGCUGAGAGCAUGCCCAAACUACGGGAGCAAGAAGCGCCGGUGUUCGUGGCUCGCAACAAGUUUGACUUCCUGGCGGACGAGGGGGAGGAGGAGGGGGCGGGCGACCCGGAGGAGCAGCAGUGAGGCCCCCCUCCGCGCCCCUCCGCGCCCCGCAGUGCUAGUGCGGAUGUCGAACUGCUUUUGAUACCACCCAACGUUGCGCGCAGUGUGUUCGCUGUUUUAUUUCUGUUCAUUCGUUGGCCUCUUUGUAACAGCAAAAAAAUGCAGUUUUUGGUGAGCAAGUUUCCUGUUUUUCCUGUUUAUAUGUAAAUAAUUUUCUUUUCCUUCCCCCCCAUCAUUUUAAUUUUUUUUUUUAUUUUGCUGUGAGCACCAGUUGGGCUAGGAUUUAAAUAUGAAUUAUUAAUAUCCUGUACAGAGAUUGCAAAUAAGUUAGCUGUAGUUUCAAUGUGUUUGUACAGAACUAUUUGUUUUUUCUAAAUCACCUGUGUCUCAGUUCAUUUUAAAUGUAUCAAUAAAAUGAUGGUAAAACUUAGAA